AUGUUGCUUCUUAAUCUACGUGCUUCUUCAGGCUCGGUCGACAACCCACCUUAUGGUUUAGAAUUCUGCCCGACGCCCUUGCGGUCGGCGUUCGGCGUAUGCAUGGCUUUGCCUUACGCCGUAAUGCUGAGCCUUUUAGUGAAAGACUCUCCACGUUGGCUAGUUACUCGGGGACGGCUUAAAGAAGCCGAAGCCUCGCUGCUCCGAGUCGCGAAGUGGAACAAAACGACAUACAACUUGCCGGACAAUUUGAUGGGCGUCCUGGAAGACAUUUAUGCGAAAGAAUGUGGGGAGAAACCAACGUCUACGCUCCUAUCCCGCUUCAAGUCUCUGGUGUCGUCGCCGUACCUGCGCAGAGUGACCGGCAUUCUGGUGCCUGUGUGGCUGAUGCAGAGUUGCCUGUACAUCAGCAUACCGCUCAGCGCUGACCAAUUCCCCUCACCCUUCGUGUAUAUGGCCGUGUUGGGUGUUGCGGAAAUCCCAGCCUAUACGGUCACGGCUCCCAUCACUGCGAGGCUGGGCAGGAAAAAGUUCCUCGUAGGAGGACUUCUUCUCACUUGCGCUCUGCAAAUCCUCGUCGUGGUUCUCAUUGCCAUAGAGUAUCAAAAUUAUUGGCUGAACAUGGUACUCAUCGCGUCCGGGUAUACUAUGAUCUGCAGUGUAUAUCAGGUGAAUUUAGUGUUCUCCUGGCAUUUUUCAUGA